AUGUUGUCGGUGUGGCCCGGCCGAGAUGGCCUGGAGGGCAGCAACAGCAACAGCAGCAGCGGCCUGGGAAAAGGAGCGGGCGCAAAGCGAGGAGCGGGAGUUAUGAGCUCCGGUGUCUUGGGACAGGUCUCACCGCUCACUGAGAGCACAACGGCAGGCGAUGAGAACGACAGCGGAUGGGAGAACGCCGGGAUAGAUAGCGACAGCAUGGGAGCAGCCGGCCCAGACAACAGACGGACCACCGAUGCAGGCGUGGCAGCAGCUUGGUCAGCAGCGCUGGGCGUCUUCUCGGUGGCACCGCUGCCGGUGCAGUUUCGAAGGGUAGCCGCCAUGACGCCCUUCUCGUCUGCGAUGCUGCGGCGGUACAUUGUCAGCACGGCGGCCGCGCUGGCAACGACGUGCGGAGCCGACAACCCGUUUUUAGCGGCGGUGCUUCCGCUGGCCUACACCGAUGACCUGGUAAUGCACUGCGUGAUAGCACUGGGAGGAGCGGAUCUGAGCAGCAGCAGCAGCAGCAGCAGCAGCAGCAACAGUAGCCGGGGCAAAGGGGGUGGUAAAGACAAGAGGCCUAUGGGGCCAUGUUCGGACAACGAGAACGCAGUGGCGAUCUGUCGGCGCGCAGGAGCAUCGCCAUCGGCGCUGCACGAGGCGACAACUAGGCACUAUGCCUGUGUGCUGCGCAGCCUGCGGGCAGCACUGCGCGACCUGCAGCCGACCGACACGGCGCGGGUGCUGCGGACGCUUCUGGUGCUGGUGCUGCUGGCCGUGUUUGAGGGCACGUCGUGGAACGUGCUGGAUGGCGGUGUGUUUGCGCAUCUGGGCGCGAGCCGACAGCUGAUUGCGUGGCUGCGGCCGGAGCUGUCGGGGACGAGAACGACGACAACGACGGCAAGAGGAGCAACAUCGACAUCGGCAAUACCAACGGCAGUGGCCGACGAUGAGCGCAGCAUGUUGGGCGCGCUGCUGGAAGUGUACGCCUACCUGGUGCUGGCCAACCGAGUGACACCGGACGGGACGAUGGAUAGCCGACGAGUGGUUGGGCCCGAUGGCAGUACGGCCGACGAGGAUUUUGUGCUAGACCCGUCGAUGCUGGCGGACCAGCACUACUUUGGCGUGCUUUUUGCCGGCAUGCACGACCUCUUUGGGCUGAUCCCGCCGGUUAGCCGGCUGGCCGGCGACGCGGCUGCCGUGGCCUCAGCAGCGGCCGGUCGUCCGGAAGCCGUGCAUGCCGACGCCGUGGCGCUGCGCAACCGUGCGCGUGCCUGGCAGCUGCCAGCAGCCUGUCUCGCCCAGGCAGCAGGCGACCAGGACCGCACGUGGUGGCGGGCCAUCGGCGAGGUCUACCGCCACGCCCUGCUGGUGUACAUCGAGACGGCCGAGCUGUGGGCCGGCAGCAGCUGCAUGGGGCCAGCCGGCGGCGAGGACGAGGGCGAGGACGAGGGCGAGAGGAGCGGCGUCAGAAAACCCAUCACCGGCGUUGCCUCGCUCAUGGAGGCCACGAUCCAGCGCCACAUCCACGCCGUCGGCGAGGCCACGCUGGGCGAUGACCUCGUCCACUCACGCUUCGUGCCCAUUAUCCUGUGGCCGCUCAUGAUCAUCGGCUCGAUCCUGGCCAGCACCAGCCAGCGCGCCUACCUGGUCGACGGCCUGCGCAACGCCCCCCCACCGUGGUCCCUGGGGCGGUUUGCGAGGAGCCGACGUGCUCGAGCUGCUGUGGCGCUGUCGCGAUGCCGCCGUAUCUAG